AUGGCAUCGGCAGCCUUUGGCAACCGCUUCCGUGCAUUUAUGAACCACCCUGCAGGACCGAAGACUGUGUUCUUUUGGGCACCCAUGAUGAAAUGGGGUCUCGUUGUGGCCGGCCUCGGUGACUUGGCGCGCCCGGCAGACAAACUGUCUGCAUCACAGAAUUCCGCCCUGGCUGUAACAGGCUUCAUCUGGGUCCGCUACUGCUUCGUCAUUACGCCUGUCAACUAUUCGCUAGCUGCUGUCAACUUUUUUGUCGGGUCCACGGGUCUGGUCCAGCUUUUGCGUAUUGCCUAUCAUCGUUAUACACAUCCUGAGCCUCUACCGUCUAUGUCAAAUAAGGCUUAA